UUUGAUCUUACCUGUUCCUCUAUCCAGCGGCACGCUGGCUACCCGGCUUCUGUAGUGUCGGCGCUCGGCGUGACAGCCGGGUGCCCAGUGCGCAUGAGCGAGAAGCACUUGCGCUUUGUGAUUGGUCCGGCGGCUUCUGGGAUCUGUCAUGUGUCCCAGGUACCGCCUUACCAUUCACAAAAAGCACCGCUUCUCGCUUUUUGCGCAUGCGCACUUGGCACCCAGCUGUCAAGCCGAGCGCCCGCACUACAGAAGCUGGGAAGACAGCGCGCCGCUGGAUAGAGGAACAGGUAAGGUCCCGCUGCAGAGCUGA